CGAGAACAGGAACAGGCCGGGUGGGCGAGCACUUCCGCUGUGAGAGAUCGGUGGGUGGAGUCCGGGCGUUUGGAUCUCUCUCAGAAUUGAGUUUACUUUGUGUGAGAAAAGAUGGCAGAUGACUUGAAGAGAUACCUUUACAAACAGUUGCCUAGUGUCGAGGGCCUUCAUGCUAUUGUGGUGUCUGACAGGGAUGGAGUUCCUGUGAUUAAAGUUGCUAAUGACAAUGCGCCAGAACAUGCCCUGAGACCUGGAUUCCUCUCAACCUUUGCCUUAGCAACGGAUCAAGGAAGCAAGCUAGGACUUUCUAAGAACAAGAGCAUCAUUUGCUAUUACAAUUCCUACCAGGUUGUGCAGUUUAAUCGGUUGCCUUUGGUGGUUAGCUUCAUAGCCAACAGUGAUGCUAACACAGGAUUAAUCGUCAGUUUGGAGAAGGAGCUGGCCCCAUUGUUUGAAGAGCUGCGCCAAGCUGUGGAAGUUUCAUGAACUGCACAUUCCAGAAAAUACACCCACUGCCUUGAACAUUGUGAACUUACUGGCAAGUUGUUAGGCAGCAUAAUUUACAAAAUUUGUACAUUAUGAUAUCUUAAAAAGGUAACUUGUCGAGUUAAUGCUGCUGAAAUUGAGACUUGGAUUGUGCAUGGCUUUCCUGCAACAUCAACAGUAUUUCUUAGAUUGGCUAUUCCUUUGCUUAACAGCUGUGCCAGUGGUCAGAGUUCUGAUUUCCUUAAGGUGCUCCCAAUCAAUUUGUAUAUAAAAUACCAUUUGUGAAAGUUAAUACUGCUUCUAGUCUCUGAUUGUCAUGAUGCAUUGGCUUAUUUUUGGAGGCACAGUGUAGGGAAGAGAGAACCAAGGCUGAAUUUAAGUUAUUAUGGUAUAUAAAUUGCAUUUGUUUUUCUAGAUUUAAUGUACAAAGUGAAAAUCUUAGUCAUUUAAAACUGUUGAUAUAAUUUCAAACUUGUUCUUUUCUGAUUGAGAUCUCGUUAUUAAAUCCAGAAUUACAGUCUGUAGGAAACCAGAGUCCAAUACAGUUUUGAAUUAAACAAAGUUAUCAGAUCUGUCCAGCUUGUUUCUGUUAACGUGUACAGCACUUUGAAAUAAGCCAGUAUAUUUAUAAUAUAUUUAUAAUCUGAUUUAUUUGAAAAUUUUGUUAGUUAAUCUCAUUUUAAAGAUGCAUUUUUGUGUUAGUGGAGAUUUCUCUGUCUCAAAGUGUUUGGGGGUGGGGGCCAUUGACGUGAGAGGACUAGAUGGGCCAAAAGGCCUGUUUCUGUGCUGUACUUUUGUAUGACUAUGACUAGACUCAGCUAGUUAGUAGCUGGUUCUGUCUUUCAGUUCCGAUAUUCAUCUGAGGCCUGAUGAAUGUUUCUGAACCUGAAACACUUAGCACCUGUUUCCACCUCAGUUGCCUAAUCUGCUGAGAGUUUCCCAUAUUUUGUUUUUAUUUCAGGUUUGUGACAUUUACAGUUCUGUUUAAAUUUUCUUUGAUUUCAUCUUUGAUGGCUACAUGUUGACUGCGGAUUCCUUCUGUUAACAGCACUCAUGUCAUUAGCUUUGAAGUUCUUUGGGUUCAUUCUGAGUUGUAAAACAUCUGCUCUAUUGAGUUAAAACUACAGAAGACUUCAUUUAAUGGAAAGGGUUUUCAUUCAGCUGGUGAUCAUCUCUAAGAGACACAUUUCUGGGAUUUUAAAGUUUAGUGAAACCUUGUCAUGUUAAGAUGGUCUAAUUUUUUUUUAAUGUGUGGUGUGACUGAUUUGUUUUUUUAAAAAAAAAGUUAAAGAUGUUUUGAUUUGCAUACUGGAACAAAAACUAUAGACAGACCUGAUCUGGGACCUGAGUGUGAAGAAUAAAGUUUAUACCAAUCACAGACAAGAGAAAAUCUGCAGAUGCUGGAAAUCCAAGCAAUACACACAAAAUGCUGGAGGAACUCGUCGGGCACCAUCUAUGGAAAAGAGUAAGCAGUUGAUGUACUCUUUUUCCAUAGAUUCUGCCUGAGUUCCUCCAUGUUCUUAUCAACUUAUCUUCAGAACCGUUUCCAGUAUCUCAUAUCAUAAUGUGCAAAAGAAAAAUAAUGUUGCUGUUGUAGGAAAAAAAACCUUGUUUUUUAUGCUACCAUGUGGAGGGUGGGGAGUAUAGAUGGAAUGAGCUGUCAGAGGAAAUGGUGGUGGCAUUAUCAUUUAAGAGCACUUGGAUGGGUACAUGAAGGGGCAGGGCUUGGAGUAAUAUGGGCUGAUUGCAGGAAAAUUAGGGCUAGCUAGUUCAGUACUGCACUAUGGUAGGAGUGAACUUGAUGGGCAAAAGGCUUGUAUACGUGCUGCAUUUGUGACUUUCCAGUAAGAUCUUUAUUAGCUGUGAAAUUAAUUUGAUAGCAAAAGUGUUUAUAUUAAAGUUUAGUUUAAUUUUUCAUUCUA